AUGGAAGAAUAUAUUGAAGAGGCCCUUAGCUCAGGAUUCAUCCAACCCUCCACGUCUCCAGCUGCAGCAGGUUUUUUCUUCGUUGAAAAGAAAGAUGGAGGAUUAAGGCCUUGUAUUGAUUAUAGAGGACUUAACAAUGUUACCGUGAAAUUCCGCUACCCCCUUCCACUGGUUCCUUCAGCACUAGAACAGCUCCGUGAGGCUACCAUUUACACCAAACUUGACCUACGGAGUGCAUAUAACCUGAUCAGAAUUAAAGAGGGCGCUGAAUGGAAAACUGCCUUCCUCACCAUCAACAGACGACGUCGACCACAUCCUCCCUACCAAACUGGACAACGGGUCUGGCUCUCUACGAGGAACCUCAAAUUGCGGCUACCAAGCAGGAAGCUCAGCCCCAGGUAUGUUGGUCCUUUCAAAAUUCUAAGAAGAAUAAAUGAGGUCACAUAUCAGUUAGAGCUUCCUGCUAACUAUCGUAUCUCUCCAUCCUUUCAUGUUUCACUGCUCAAACCGGUCCACCCGGAGGCUGACCCCAACAAUGAGGCUCGAGAGCCGCCACCGCCGCUGGAUGUUGAUGGAACCCCAGCUUACAAGGUGAAUGAGUUACUGGACUCAAGACGGAAAGGGGGUCAGCUUCAAUAUUUGGUGGACUGGGAGGGCUAUGGACCUGAGGAGAGAUCGUGGGUAGCCGCCCGCGACAUCCUGGAUCCCUCUCUCAUGGAGGACUUUCAUCGAGCCAGACCCGAUCGACCAGCACCACGACCACGGGGACGCCCACGUCGAGCGCCAGGAGGCGCUCCUAGAGGAGGGGGUUCUGUAACGCCACACCAGCAGAGGGAGCCCUCGCCUGAGUACUGACUGUGUACCGCUCCCUCUGCUUCUGCAUUCAUUUCCUGUUUGAUCAGUAUUUAGCAAGGAACUGUGUGUUUGCUCAUUGCGAAGUAUUGCCAGUUUACCUGCCUUACCAAGCGUUUCCAUUGUUUUCUGCCUGCCUAUUCUGUGUAUGAUUCUGCCUGAUUAUCUGCUCUACGGUUACUGAUUUACCCCUUUGGAUUGAUAGCCUGAUUUGGACUGAUGAUUGUGUUUGGACCUUUUGCCUGCUUACUCGUCUCUGCCUUUUGGAUCUCCCUUGUGUAUGUUGAAAGAUUGGACUGCUGUUACGGUACUGACUCUCUGCCUGUUAUUUCUAUUAAUAAACUUCUGCAAAU